AUGCCAAAAUGAGUGUUGGAGAGCCUUUCAGAUAGAAGUUAUUUUCAGCGCUUCUUUGUACAAAUUGGAGAUCACUAUUUUCAUGAAUCAAAAAGCUUUCGAAAGAUAAGCUUAAAAUUUAUGUUUGCCAAAUAUCAUAGCAUUGCGAGUAAAUUUGCCUUGUUAAACUUUGAAGAAUCAAUGUUGCCAAUGUCUUAUAUCAAAUACGAAACAACAUCGAAUGCAAUUGGGGGAAUCUUCUUAAUUUCGUAGAUAUAACUCCUAUUUUCACUUGAGCUACAUAAUAACAUUUUGAGAAACAACAAUUUGAGAAUUCAGCAUUAGUUGCUGAAAAUGUAACCUAAAGUAUUAGCCAGAGGUUGCAUGAAUGUUAUGGCUUUGACUCAAGACAAUCGGCACAUAAACUUAGCAUCGAGUUAUAAUUCUUUCAAAAGGGAGCCCUGGCAGCUUUAUGAUUGAAACAUCAUAUUAAAAGAGAUUCGGCUGUAAAUUAUCUAGCAUUUGGACUAUAAGAUUAGAGAGAAGUAGGUGAAAAAUUUGAUUGCUGUCUGGAGAUGCACAAACAUCAUUAUUGGACUUCUUUCUUUAGAACCGAGGCCAUUGAAGAGGUACUAAUAACUCAAGCUCCAUUUUCAGCA